AUGUCACAGCAAGGUUAUUACCCACCUCAAAAUCAACAACCGUAUUAUCCUCCGCCUCCACCUCAAGGAGGAUAUGCACCACCACCACCACAACAGCAGGGAUAUUAUCAACCAACUCCACCACCUCAAGUUGUUGUACAGCAACCACCUCCUCAAAAAAAAAAUAAUGAUGGAUUAUGUUUAGGAUGUGCUCUUGGUGCAUGUUUAUGCUGUUGUUUUGAAGAAUGUUGUUAA